AUGUCGAACGCAGCCUUGAAGAUCGGCAGCCGUGCUCUGCCGACUAAACAUCAUAUGCUGUACACAGAAAAGCAUAUGGCCAUCAGAAGAGAGCUGCGAAAGUUGAUUGAUCGCUCCAUCAAUCCUCACGUCCAAAAGUGGGAAGAUGCUGGUCGAUUUCCGGCACACGCUGUAUUCAAGCAACUCGGCAAUCUUGGUGUUUUAGCAGUAAAUAAGCCUGAAGCCUUCGGUGGACUCGGUCUGGAUUUUUCCUAUUCAAUCGCAGUCGCAGAGGAAUUAGGGAGCAUCGACUGUGCUGCGAUCCCGAUGGCCGUUUGUGUGCAGACGAAUAUGGCCACACCCGCCUUGGCUGAGUUCGGCUCCGAUUCCUUGAGAGAAGAGUUUCUCGCCCCAUCUAUAGCUGGCGAUCUUGUUUCCUGUAUUGCCGUCAGCGAGCCGGAAGCAGGAAGCGAUGUGGCAGCGAUUCGAACCAGGGCUGUUCGAAGUGGUUCCGAUCUGAUCAUCAAUGGGCACAAAAUGUGGAUAACAAGUGGAGAACAGGCCGAUUGGGCUUGUGUUCUCGUCAACACGAACAACAAUCCGUCACCUCAUCAGAACAAAAGCCUCGUUUGUGUGAGGCUGAAUGAACCAGCGAUUCGAACCAGGGCUGUUCGAAGUGGUUCCGAUCUGAUCAUCAAUGGGCACAAAAUGUGGAUAACAAGUGGAGAACAGGCCGAUUGGGCUUGUGUUCUCGUCAACACGAACAACAAUCCGUCACCUCAUCAGAACAAAAGCCUCGUUUGUGUGAGGCUGAAUGAACCAGGAGUGCACCGAUCAGCGAAUCUGAAGAAACUCGGAAUGCACAGUUCCGACACGGCUGAAAUCUUCUUCGACAACGUCUGGGUACCGGCUAGCUGUAUCAUUGGCGAAGAGGGUCGUGGAUUCUUCUAUCAGAUGUUACAAUUCCAAGAUGAACGACUGGUAGCGGCUGCUGUUUUGCUGGAGCCUCUUCAACGGUGUAUUGCUCUCACCGCAAAGUAUGCAUCAGAGCGGAAGCUUUUCGGCAGCACCGUCCUUGAUCAGCAGACCGUACACUUCACGCUGGCAGAACUACAGUCAGAAGUUGAAGCCGUACCGGCUAGCUGUAUCAUUGGCGAAGAGGGUCGUGGAUUCUUCUAUCAGAUGUUACAAUUCCAAGAUGAACGACUGGUAGCGGCUGCUGUUUUGCUGGAGCCUCUUCAACGGUGUAUUGCUCUCACCGCAAAGUAUGCAUCAGAGCGGAAGCUUUUCGGCAGCACCGUCCUUGAUCAGCAGACCGUACACUUCACGCUGGCAGAACUACAGUCAGAAGUUGAAGCCGUUCGAGCCCUUCUCUACAGGGCAGUUUUAUCAAGACUUCAUGGCGAUGACGUCACUUUGCUAGCCUCCAUGACGAAAUUGAAAGCCGGACGACUGGCCAGAGUUGUCACUGAUAGUUGCCUACAGUUCUGGGGUGGCAAUGGCUUCACGUGGGACAAUCCAGUGUGCCGAAUGCACCGUGACCUCCGUCUGCACUCAGUUGGAGCUGGAGCUGAUGAAGUCAUGCUCUCGAUCAUCUGUAAACAUAUGGGAAUCGCACCGCAAAAACCUCGAUUUUAA